CGUCGUCGGCUCUUUCACUUUCGCUAUCAGUUCGGCUAGCAACGGUUGAUCGGUCGGUCGUUCGCCACACGCACGCCACACACACGCGCCACACACGCGCGUCUUCCACACACACACACUGAAAUACGACAGAACAAUUUUCGUGUCGAAAAUUUUUCGGAUGUGUUGAUGUUCCGAUUUUGUGAGAUGAGGUGGACUGUUUCUUCGUGAAUUGAGAGUUUGAAAUCAUUGUGAACUGAAAUUUCCGUGGGAAUUACUUUUUACUUCCAUCCAAAGAUGGAGAAGCAUUUUCUUCUCAGCCUAGUCCUGCUGUUAUGCCUGUCCAGUUUUUCAGACGGUAACAGCGAAACCAAUUUGUCAGGAUGCCCUGGGCUCCGACCGGUGAAGAGGAUCGUCUGCUACCUGGAGGUGCGGGGAUCCGUGAUUCCUCCCAUGGACCCCUGCUACUGUACCCACCUCAUACUCACUACACCUCUGGCUAAGCUCGGCUCCGACUCAGAAGUGCUGACAACGCUGAGCUUAAUGCGCAAACGCAACCCCUCUCUGCAAGUGAUGGGUCUGGCGUCCGAUGCGGCCGAAACGGUGCUGAAGCGUCGCGACGCCUACGUCAAGGCGCUGAUGAGCGUCGUACGCAAGACGGGGCUGGAUGGUGUCGAACUAGACCUCUCCUGGUUUACCAAGAUCAGCCGCAAGGACAAGUUCUAUGAACUCGUCAAGUCAUUGUACAAAGAAAUGAAACACCUGCACGAUCAAUCAAACAGCAACGGAAACAACAACAACAACAGAAAGAAACGUGAUAGCGAACAGAACCGCGCCUCCAGAUACAGAUCAUCCGAAACUGAGGAGGAAGAUCUAGAGAUGACAGGGAGUGACGAGGAGGAAUACGUGACUGAAAAGGUGUUGAAAGAGCCACAAGUGAACUCCGAAAAUAACGAAGAAGAAAAAGGAGAGAAUGCCGCUGAGGAGAAUGACGAUGUAAGUGAGGAGAUUGGCAACUAUGUCAUCUCUGUUCGUCUGCCGAACGAGCCACAGUAUCUCGCUAAGAACUUCGAUCUGAAGAGACUGUCAAAGUACGUCAAUUUCUUCACAAUAUCCAGCGAGAACGUGACUGACGCGUCAGAAACUGGAAUGACCUACCACCCUAGCAGACUGAUGGGAAUUGAAGACAUAUUGAACUCCGAUUCUCUAGUCGAUCUGAUCACAGGACUUGGAGCACCUCAUCCCAAACUGGUUCUCUCUCUACCAGGGUUCGCGCUCAGAUUUACACUGAGUGAUCCCAACAAAAAUAUGCCUCUUUCACCUGUUACCAACAAACCAAGGCGUAUUUCACAGGCUGAGGUUUGUGCUCUGAUGUCUGAAGGAAAAUGGACAUUGGAAAGAGACGAAGAUUUGACGGCUCCAUACGCUUACAGCAACGACACUUGGUUGGCUUUCGACGAUAAAAUCAGUGCUUCCAUCAAGGGAAAAUACAUACUGCUGAGAGACCUCGGAGGUGCAGCGAUUGUGAACCUGGACUACAUCGACUGGUCGGGAAAAUGUGGCAAACGCAUCCAGCAGUCUGAGGACAGUCAUCAAGGAAAGAGCUCCAACGACACCAUCACUUCGGCUAUGGCCAUUCUGCCCGCGUUGUUCGACUCGUUCACAAACACAGCGCGCAAGUCCAGAGCUGCGCAGCUCAUCAGUCUGCAAGAGGAGCUGCACCAGUUUUCGCCUUACUCAUUCUCAGCUGAUGUUCAACUGUCACCAUACAGGAUCGUGCGAGUUAUCGACAGAGCUGGUGACAUCCAUGUUGUUAGGAAGGAAGCCAAGACUGAAUUUGAGUGCUCUCGUCAAGGUUACUUCAGGCAUCCUUCUGGUUGUAACAGAUUCUAUCGUUGUGUGAAGUUCAACCAAUACUCUCCCGACUACACAGUUUUCGAGUACGACUGUCCGGCCGGAUUGGCUUUCGAUGAGAAGUACGAGGUUUGCGUCUGGCCUGGAUCUUUGGAAGAUGGAGGUGCUUGCCAAGGUUCCAGUGAAAUAGCUCCAGUGCCGCGCGAACGCUACGUUUGUCCGCGAGUGGAAGGCUACUAUGCCGACCCAGAGAACUGCCGCUGGUUCUUCGCGUGUAUGGACCAUACACGUGACGGCGUCAGUCCGUUGACCGCCUAUGAGUUCCGCUGUCCGUUCGGCCUGGUCUUCAACGAACAGCUGUUGCUGUGUGACUGGCCUUGGAAUGUACCCAGCUGCGGUGGUGCCGGUUCGUUCCGCGCCCGGUUCACAGUCGGUGAUCUGCUGGAAGGUCGUGGACGUGCCUCCUAUGCGACGUUGCCGGACUAUCAUGUGUCGGGUGGCCGAAUCGAGAAUGCUGGCGGUGUUGUGCUUGGAUCAUCAAUCAUUCCAGGAGUUGUGCAAGGCGGUGCUUACCAUGGCGCUGGUGCCUUCUCAUCUGAUGGUGGUUUAAAGCAUGUGUUUGGAGCUGGUGAUCAUCAUGGUGGAGCCUACUUCGGCUACGGUGCUGCCGGAAGCAGCCUAGGAUCUGCUGAGUAUGCAAAAUUAGGAGGAGUUCAUGGUGGAUCUGCUUAUGAAGCCGGAGCAGCAGCCAAGGGUGUCUACUCUGGACUACAGGAGCAAGGAAAAUACUCUGGAGGCUAUGGAUUCUAUGGAGGUGCCCAACAUGGGGAUGGAAAGUAUUCAGAAGGCAGUGCAUUUGAGGGAGCAAAUGGUGUGUCUGGGUUUGCUCAUGGCAGUGGUAGUCAGUUUGGAUCUGGAGCCAGUGCUGGACAUGGAAUAGCAUAUGGAAGUGGUGGUCAGUUUGGAGCUGCAGGAAUUGGAUCAGGUUCAGGACAUGGAAUAGCCUAUGGAAGUGGAGGUCAAUUUGGAGCCGCAGGAAUUGGAUCAGGAUCAGGACAUGGAGUAGCAUAUGGAAGUGGCAGUCAAUUUGGAGCUAUUGGAUCAGGAGCAAAUGCUGUACAUGGAAUAGCCUAUGGAAGUGGUAGUCAAUUUGGAGCUGCAGGAAUCGGAUCAGGAUCAGAACAUGGAUUAGCAUAUGGAAGUGGCAGUCAAUUUGGAGCUGCAGCAAUUGGUUCAGGAGCAAGUUCGGGACAUGGAAUAGCAUAUGGAAGUGGUGCUCAAUUUGGAGCAAUUGGAUCAGAAGCUAAUGUUGAAGGAGUGAAUGUCUUAACCAGUUCAUCUCAUUCACAGAGUGGUGACGGUGCAUAUUAUGGAGCUGGUGCAGGUGAAUACAAAACCGGUUACUCAGCUGGAGCCGGUUCCUACUCCCAGAAGGAUGGUUCCCACUUUGGAGCCGCUGGCUUUGGGUCGGGACUCUCACAUGGAUCCUUUGACUCCAAGAAAGCUUUUGUUGGUGGAAUAGUAUCUUCUACUCCAGUUGUUCCAGUUGUGUCACCUGUGGUCACCCAUGAUGGUAGCUCAUCAUAUGAACAUGAAGGAGCAUUAUUGGAGCACCAUGAACUUGGAGCCGGCCACUUCUCUUCAACUCUGCCUCCCACAUCGAUUGUCACCGAAUCACAUGUGCCUAUUUCUCCAAUUACUGUGUCUACACCGGCACCUCCUGUGCAGCCAGUCCAAUACUUUGGCUCACACAUUUCCUCAGGAGUUGCUCACAAGGCACCAGUGACCUUUGUGUCAACAACCCCCGCUCCUGCCACCAUUGCACAUGGAUAUGCUCCCUCAAUUCAUGCACAUGAGGAGGGAGAAUAUCAUGCGGUGACUCUACCUCCACUUAAACCAGUGAGCUUCCUUUCGGGAGUAUCCUACAGGAAGCCAGUCAUACCUUUGCAGAGCACUGUAGCACCUCCUCUACUGCCUGUUCCCAGUCCAGGACCAGUCAAGCUCAACUACUAUCCUCAAGUACAACCAGUUUCUUCAGUGGCUUACAAGGAGCAUCAUGAAGGCUAUCAGUAUGCCAAACCAGUUGUUCAUGUUAGCUCACCAGCCCCACCUUUGUCAGUGUACUCUGUCUCAUCACCAGCGCCCCCUCUCAUCCCAGCUCACUCACCAGAGUACCUCUCUCUCUCAACUCCAGCCCCUCCAGUCCUGGUUGAUCAUCCCAAGCCUGUGAUCCCAUUAGUCUCCUCAACACCAAAACCAGCACUUUUCUCAGUAUCCACACCUGCCCCUCCUUUGAAGUUCAACUAUCCACAGCCAGCUCUCCCAGAAAUUCGCACCAAAGAAGAGUAUGGAAGCUAUGAAUAUGUAAAACCAGGAUUCCAGGUCAGCUCAAUCGCACCUCCUGCCGUUCCAGUCUCAACUUUUGCACCUCCUCAAAAAUUGGCUUACUAUCCAAGACCUCAGCCAGUUAUCCCUCUCAACCAUAAGCCAGAAGGAGAGAGCUACAUCUACUCCAGGCCAGUUCCCUCUCCUAUCUCUGUCUCUACACCUGCACCUCUCGUCUCUCUCUCCACCCCUGCUCCCACAGUUGCACCAGUCAACUAUGCUUACUACCCGAAACCACAACCAGUCAUCCCCAUCAACCACAAACCAGAAUCGGAGAGUUAUGUCUAUUCAAGACCUACAGUAACAGUCAGCACAACACCUGCACCCUCUGUGCUACCCUUGGUGUCCACACCAGAAACAUACCAUCAGGAGUACUCCUAUCAAGAUCAUGGAUAUCAGUAUGCCAAGCCAGCUAUUGCAUUCUCUUACCCUAAGCCACAAGUUGAUCUAUUCAAGUCCAUUGUGAAAGUACCUGUAGCUCCUGUGACACCAUCUCCUCCUCCUCCUCUGAUUGUGUCCUCCACCCCAGCUUACAACUCUGUGAAGUUUGGCUAUGAACAUAGACCAUUUGCAUUCAAGAGCUCCACUGUGGCAGUGAGCAGUACUCCAGUGCCUCCUCCAUCAGUUGUGCACUAUCCAACACCAGCUCCAACACCCAUCAUACCAAUUGAGCACCAGAAUGUCGAGGUUGGCUACACCUUUGCCAAACAAGAAGGCUACCACUACCCAAAACCAGUGGUCUCACUUCCGGCACCAGCACCAACUCCAAUUGUACACAAUGUUGAUUACUCCUUUGCCAAGGAGGGUGGUUAUCAAUACUCUAAACCAGCAGUUGCUCUUCACCCACCUGCAUUUGCCCAUGAAGAACACUACUACCAGCCCCCUGCCCCACAACCAAUCAACUACAAGUUUGUAUCAACCACUCCCGCACCUGUUGAUGUAACAUAUGAGAAGAAACUGAUCCCAGCUGUACCUCAACCCAUUGAGCACACCUAUAGAGAGAAGGCUUUCAGCUACAACAACGUUGGCUAUGCCUAUCACCCACCAUCACUUGCUCCAGCUGUGAUCAAGACAGCAGUUCCAGUUUCACUGCCUCCUAAGAACUACUUUGAUGUUGCGCCGGUCAGUGCAGUGAAAUUUGGAGUGGCAUACCAACAGCCAGUUGGUGUCCCUGUUGUGUCUAGUACACCUGCCCCACCACCUGCACCAGUUGUCCACUACUCAACACCUGCACCAGUUGUCCACUACUCAACACCUGCACCAGUUGUCCACUACCCACCACCUGCACCAGUUGUCCACUACUCAACACCUGCACCUUCAGUGAAACCCAUUGUGGUUGACUACUCAUACUCCCACCCCAAACCAGUGCCUAGUGUACUGCCGCCAAUUCAUGUCACCAGCACCCCUCUACCACCUCUCAACCCAGUCCAGUACACUUACAACAAACCUGUGGUGCCUGUCUCAUACCACACUGCUCCUACCUACCCUAAAUUUGUCUCCACCACCCCAGCACCUCCCCCAGUGGUUCCUGUCUCCUACCAGACUCCCACCUACCCCAAGUUUGUCUCCUCCACCCCUGCUCCACCACCAGUCAUCUCAUACAGCACCACUGUUGCUCCACCUCCUCCAUCCCCGAUAGUGCCUGUUGUAUCCAAGGCACCCGCAUUCCCAGUUGACUUCAUCCCUCAACCCCCACAAACCUACCUGCCUUCAGUUCACAAAUAUGCAACUCCUGCUCCAUUCAAGCCAGUUGGAUUCACUUCCCUGGGACCCAAGUAUAAGCUAGUGGAUAGCUCUACACCACUACCUCUACCAGUAGCACCAGUUAAGCCUGUUGGUUUUGGAUAUGCUUACAACAAGCCUGAUUACUAUCCAUCACCGGCUCCAGUCCAUGUGAAUGCUCCAGUGGUGACUCACUUCCAGUCGUCCACUCCAGCUCCACCAGUCUACAUUAAGACACAAACCGUUGUCCCUGCUGCCCCACUGCCAACGCCCACACCAAUUGUGCCAGUCUACCAGAAGGUGUUCGAUGCAUUCAAGGCACCAGUUGUCACUGCCUAUGAGAAGGUUCUCAAUGUCCUCAAGACUUCAACACCGGCUGCUCAGCCAGUCUAUGUGAACCACUACACGAGCUCCACACCACUGCCACCACCUGUAGCUGUAUCUACCAUCAAACCAGUUGUUCCUCACCAGUUCCAGUUCGGUGAGAUCCAAGGAGGAUACAAGUAUGAGGGUGAAAACUUGUAUGAAAGUUUGAAGAAUGAGUAUGGAUCAAAACUGUCCACUUAUGAAGGAGGAUAUGACUACCCCAAACCAGCUGUCAAGUUUGAAAGCAAUGUCUACAAUGUCAAACAAGUCGGAGGUAUAGCUUACAGCACCACUCCUCAUCCACCAACAUUUGUUCCCAAGAAAGUAUUCACACCCUCAACAUUCGCCCCACCAGCAUAUGUUGAUUACAAUGAUUACAACUCGUUUGCUGGAGAAAAGUAUGAACAUGAAAGUGGACAAGCGUUCUACUCAUCCACUCCAUCAACACCUGUAUUCAAGCCAACUGUGCAGCAGUUCUUGAAGGAAGUAGUGUACUCAAAACCAACCAUAUCAACAGCUGAUUACGGACAUGGAGACUUGCAUUUCUAUGGCACUCCAAGUACCACUACCAUUCUACCUCCUGUAACAACUGCAAGAGUCCACUUGCCAGUAUUGAAGGGCCCAGUCGGUGGAUGCAUUGAUUGUGGUAUUAGCAAGAGUCAAAGCUUGAAGGUGAAGCAGCCGAUUGUGCCUGUUUCCUACACCACCACAACUCCUGUCCCACUGGUUGUCAGCACACCUUUGAUUCCUUCCACCCCGUUGAUCCACAGCAGACUGCCAACAACUGUCACAACACCAGCCCUUCACUUCGAAGAGCAUGUUGAGGAGGCAUUGGAUGUUGCCAAUGAAGAGGAAGAGGAGGGUGCCAAUAUUCUAGCUGGAUACCAGCAGUCUGGACAGUUUGGUGGAGUGAUAAGUCAGAGUGUCGGUGAAGGAGUGACCACAGCUCAAGGUGUUGUUGGACUCAGCUCGACCACUGUGUCAAGUUUGAGAGAUGGAGAAGCCAUUGUUGGUGUGAUAAAGAAGGAGAAGAAUGUGUACACUGGCAGACAGGACAAGGCUAAGGUUGUAGUUGUGUCACGACUCAGCGACUUCAACCCGAUACUUGUUGGUAAACUGGGAGCUGAGUGCAGCUGCAAGUCUGACCCACUGUCACUGAGGAGGAGAGGAAAGGCCAAAUUCAACCAGGUGACAAAACAGUAUGAGCUGUUUGUUCCCAAUGAUGGCCAAUCACUAGCCUACGAUCCAUCCUACUCAUCAACAACACUGUCCACUCCUUUGGCUCCAAUCAUUGUUCCAGACACACUCUCCAACGGUGAAUAUGGCUACAGCUCCAACAAGCAUGAGGAGGUAUCAUCGUUUGUGGAGAUCAAACCACAGAUCCACAACACCAUCAGAACAACCAUUUCUCCUGGACCUAGUUUCAUCCCAUCUUCAUCUCCAGCACCAAUCUACUCGUCAUCAGUGUCAUACAUUGAAGAACCAGUGUCAUCUACAAUCGGUUAUGAAGAGGUUGUGCCAAGCGUUGUACCAUUGCUGAAAACUAAGAAAGUGGUUUCAGGUGUUCGUAGCAAACCAGUCUAUGGAAAAUCUUACCAACCAACAUACCAGGAAAUCCUGGUACCUACAAUCCCUGCUCAAACCAUUGCUGAUCUGGAUGGUGAGGCCAAGGUGAUCCCAGGCAAGUCGUUCGACCGGUAUGGACCCGGUGGUCUGAGAGGUGCAGAUGAAACCCUGCAGGGAUCAGUUGACUGCAAGCGAGCCGGUCUGUUCCGUCAUCCGAAAUACUGCAACAAGUUCUAUGCCUGCAACUGGGACUCGUGGAAGAAGCGCUUCACACUCCACGUUUUCAACUGUCCCGUGCAUCUGGCCUAUGACCAGCAGCUGGGUGCUUGUAACUGGCCUUCUAAGGGACCAGCUUGCUCCGAUGACAAUCUGCUUGUCUAAGUGACUUCAAAACUGGCACCAUAUUCUAAAAAACUUCACCAACAUCAAAACUCAUUUAUAAGCAAUACUGUAUCUGUUAAAUGAUUAUCACGGUACAUUGAUAAUUUUUGUUUAUUAUUUUUUUAUAGAACUUGUAGACUAUAUCAAGAUUAAAGUUCUUGCAGUCUCCAAAUAGAUGUAGAACGCAAAGGGGAAUUCUAAUGCCAAGUAUUUCUGAUGUUCCAAUUGUUUGGAAUAAAGUAAUACUGGAACAUGCCAUGAAGUUUCUCGAUUUUCAUUGGCAUGUUGAUUUAGGGAUUUAACUUUGAUUUAUAUAUAAGUAUUUGCAAUAACCACUUUUAAAUAGUAGAUUAAGUGAUAGAGAUUUAUACCGAUGCUUCCAUUUAAAUAUGAUAGGUAGGCCUACUUAAAUUAUGCUCAAUUUUUAUAAUCUUAAUUAUAAAUCGAAUCAAAGUUACCAUAGAUCUUGGAAUUUCUACACUCGGUGUUCCUGUCUCAGGUUCACAGAUAUAGAGUUGAAUCUUAUCACUUAUCUCUCAAGCAAAGGGUAUCAGGGUAAAUCUUCUAUUGCAUUUAUUUCUCUUCCAAUUAUUAGCAUUAAUUUUCAUUCAGAAUUAGAACGCUGUACGAAUCAAAAAUUCUCUCUGUGCCAUUGAAAAUGUUAGUUUUAGCUUGUCAUUCAUUUCAAAAAUAUCCAUGUUCCAACGAAUCUUGGUGUGAAUUUUGUGUUCUAUUCGCAGACUAAUUUUAGUCACUUCGAUCAUUGCCAAUUAUUUCAUUAUUUUCUCAUUUUUUGAGUCUACCAUAAUAUUUAAAAUAACUUUCAUAGUUUAAGUUUUUGCUCCAUGAUGAUUAAUUUAGUCUUAUGCAUAAGAUUAGCUGUAAGUGUAAAAUUGUGUAAUUAAUUAUUCGAUGAGGUAUUUAUAAACUCUCAUUUGAAAUCAAAAGGGAAGUUUGUGAAUAUUAAUAUGUAUUAUAUAUUAUAAUAAUUAUAUUUUUUAUAAAAUUUGAAAUUAUUUUCAGAAAGUCGCAAACAAUAAAUAAAUUUUGAAUUGAA